CAGAGCAAAAGUGGAGACCUCUAUAACUAGGCCGGCUAGCUGCUUGUCUGAAACUCUCUGAGCUCUCUAAGUGAAGAGAACAGAGAAGCUAUGGCGGGGAACUCUGAUUUGAAGCUGCUGGGAGCAUGGUUUAGUCCUUUUGUUCGCCGUAUCGAAUGGGCUCUGAAACUGAAGGGAGUGGAAUACGAAUUCUUAGAACAAGAUCUGAGAAACAAGAGUGAGUUGCUUCUGCAACUUAACCCUGUUUAUAAGAAGGUACCAGUGCUUGUUCAUAAUGGGAAAUCCAUAGCUGAAUCAGUUGUCAUUCUUCAGUACAUCGAUGAGACGUGGAAACAGAAUCUAUUACUUCCCACAGAUCCUUACCAAAGAGCCAUGGCACUUUUCUGGGCUAAAUUUGUUGAAGAGAAGUUCACAGAAGUCGCAAGGAAAGCUUUAUUAUCAACAGGAGAGCAGCAAGAAGAGGCAGCGAAGCAGGCAGCAGAGGCCCUAGGAAUCCUUGACAAAGAGCUCAAGGGCAAGAAGUUCUUUAAGGGAGAGAGUAUUGGGUUUCUGGACAUUGUUCUAGGUUGGAUUACAAUUUGGCUGGAAGUGGUAGAGGAAGUUGCAUCCAUCAAGAUAUACGACUCUCACAAAUUCCCUUUCCUUAAUGAGUGGAAGGGCAGCUUCUUAGAACUACCCAUUAUCAAAGAAAACAAACCACCAAAGGAGGACUUGUUGGUUUACUUCCACAAUAUUCGCCAAUUUGUUUUGGCCUCUGCUAUCACUAACUAGGGGGAAAUUGAGGUUUCUCUCUUCUGUAGGAUCAUUAGAUGCUAGCAUAUAAUUAUGUCCCAAGGAUUUUUAUAUGGCAUUCAUGCGUCAGGCCAUUGUCUUGAUCCAAGGGGUAGGAGUGAAUGAUAUCUCUAAUAAAAGAUUGCAUGUAUGAAUAAUUGUAGUCACUUUGGCUUGGGAUAUUUACAUCAAGAAUGGGCUAUGGAGAUAAAUGCCUAAUAUUGCA